AUGGCAAGUUAUCUUGAUUUCUCGGAUAGACACAGAGAUUCGGAAGAUUCAAAACUUCGAGUUUAUGCUAAAACUGCGGUACAUAGUUGUGUUAUUCACAAAAUGCUUGUCUGUGCAUUAAGAGGCAAGGAACGUAAAGACGUUGUUUUCUCAAAGGAAACGGUAUUAGAACUUUUAGAGAUAACUCAAGAGGGUGAUCUGAUUCCUAUUAUUGAGCAACCAGUGUUUGGCACGAUAAAGGAUUUUGCUGUUCUUCAUUGUAACUUUUCGGGUCCUUUAUUAUUUGAUCCGAUUAAUGGAUCCGUACAAAUGUAUCUUGGUGAUAAUAUAUCUGAAUUACAGCAUCUCAGAAUGAUACCAGGGCAAGAUGUUCUAGUUUGUUUGUCCGAUUCUGGAGUUUUAUCAUUUAUAGCAUAUACGGAAUGUGUGAAUGUACAUUUUAACGAAGGUCUGCACAAUGUUCAUAAAGAAAAGGGAAAAGCUGUCUCUUCAGUAAAUGGGUCGUGUGUUGAGACAUCCAGAAAGACUGGGAGGUUUCAAAUAAUAAAAGAGAUCCCUUUGUCACAACCUGGUUUUGACUAUCGAAAACUUGGCCGAUUAGUAUGCAUAGAUCCUUCCGGUUGUCUUAUUGCUGUGGCUGCAUGGCAAAAUAUAUUCCAAUUGUUUUCACUACAUCGCGGUCCAAAGGCCUCUUUUGAUCAAAUUAGUCAGACAAAAGAAUAUCCUCAAGGCAGAAUAAUAUGUUGUAUGACAUUUUUAUAUCCAUCAGAUAAGACGCGAAUCUUGUUAGCAAUGGCUGUACACGACGACUUAGAUAAACAAACUAGUAUUAUAAUAUACCAAUUUUCGGCAGAGGAUGCACCUGAAAGAAAUAUAACACCUUUUUCCAAAUUACCUUUACGCAAAGACGAGCCGCUUCCAUUACAUCUUAUACCUCUUCCGAAUUUUCCCGAGUGUUUUUUGCUAGUUAAUGUGCGAAUUAUUGAACGUGAAACUUGUUUCAUUCAAGCAAAACAAGUCAUUAGUGGGAUUGCUGAUUUUUGUCGAGAAUCACUACCCUUUCCUGAAUUUCUUGUAACUGCGUUCGCUUAUCCUGCGGAUGCAUAUGCAUCAAAACAGGCUUCGUCAUCUCAACAAUACGUUUAUGCCGGUGUAGAAAAUGGUGACUUAUAUCGGAUUGAUAUAAAUUCUGACGUCCAGAUUGAGUAUACCCUUUUGCGGAAGGGAUUAAAUUCAAUUGGGACCGCUAUGACAGUUCUGAGCUUUGACCUUAAUGUCGGGGAUUUUGUCAUUUUAAGUGGGGAAAUGAGUGAUGGUGCUGUUGUGCUGGUUUGCCCAAAUUCAAAGACUGAAAUAACUUGUAGUAUACCCAAUUGGGCGCCAAUAUUAGAUUUCCAAAUGCUCGAUUUCUAUCAAGAGCGUCAUGAUGUUAUUUUUACUUGUAGUGGACGUGAUAAACACGGUUCUAUUAGGGAAUUAAGAAAAGCUGUCUGUGUCAAUAUAAUCACGCGGACAGGCCCUGAUUUCCAUGGAGUUAAUGCACUUUGGAAUUUAAAGUAUAGUCAUGGUGAUGAAGCUGAUUCGUUUUUGGCUCUUUCGUAUGCCAAUUCUACGCGUUUAAUGAAAGUUAGUCAGGGAGAAUUACAUGAUAUUAGCGAGUACAGUGGGCUUGAUUUAGAAGUGAACUCUUUAUGUGUGGCUUCUUUCAGUUCCGCUCCCGGUUUUGUAAUUCAAAUCCAUCGUCUAAAAAUUGUUGUAUCUGAGCCUAAUGUGGGAAUAGGUGCUAUCGUUGAAAACUCUUGUAUUACUUCAAGCCGAUGGACGUGGACUUCGCCCGAAAAUGCAGUCAUUGAAGUUGCUGCAGUGUAUGAUUCGAACAUUGUCGUUGGCUUAUCAACCAUUAACGGAAGCGUCAUAGCCCUCCUUCGCUUAAAUUUUGAGGAUACAAGGCAAAUAACCUUCACUGAAGUUUCACAAUCCAGUUUGGACUGUCAGUUAUGCUUUAUCCGAUGCAUAGCACCAAGUGAUCUUGUCCCUUAUCCUCUCUGUGUUAUUGGAACGUUUAAGCCAAGUAUUAAGCUCUUAUCAUUAAAGCCUGAUAACUAUCUGGAGAUGUUACGCGAGGAACUUUUGAUGGAUUAUUCUAUCAUGAAUGUAAAUAUACCUGAAUCUGCGUGUAUCAUUGGAAGUGUGGAAAACCCAUUUUUCUUAGUUGGUCUCAGGGAGGGUACAAUCAUUUACUACCAAUGGUCUUGGUCAUCAGCUGAGAACAAACCACAUCUUACAAACCCGGUGGUCAGACGAAUUGGCACAUUACCUGUCAAGUUUAUUGUACCAGAUUCAAGUCAAACAUUUAUUAGAGAACAAAUUGAUUCCCAUACUGUACUAGCGUUAUCAGAUAGACCAUGGCAAGUAAAACAUUCAAAUCAUACCGGGUUGAAUUUUGUAUGCGUGGCAUUUGAACAUUAUGAACAUGUUCAAGAUGCCACAGUUUUCCGUUAUGAUAAUUUAUUACAGGGUUAUAUGUUUAUUUCGCAAAACUGUCUCAAUUUCGUGCAAUUAAAUAAUUUCACAAAGGACAAUAUAAGAACGAUACCCGUACGAGAUACACCACGUAGAUUAUUUUAUGAUGAUUCCAAUAAACUAAUAGUAGUUGCAUGCACAAGUUGUAAAGAUGAUUUCCCCAUUUCUGUUUUAAAACUCAUUGACCCAGUAAAUGGAGAUAUUAUACACGAAUUUAAAUUGCAGGACGAGGACUAUCCUGAUAAUCUUGAGGCGGUUUAUUCAAUCACAGGGUGGCAGUUCACAAUUGAAAGACAAGAAUAUCGUUGGAUAUGCGUUGGGAUCGGUGUACAUUAUGCAGAUGAAAGGCAUAUGAUCGGGAAGGGUUCUGGAUUUAAAUAUGAAUUAUGGAAAAUCAAUCAGAUUGAUGUCAAUGGAGUUGUUCAUGCAAUAUGCCCAUUGAGUGAGACCUAUAUUCUUAUCGGAGCUGGAAAAACUUUAAAUCUGUUACGUCAUUACGUUGAAGAAAAAAAAGAAAGACUAACACGUUUAAUUUCUGAUUCAAUUAUGUUAAACGAAAAUUUGGCAGUUGGUGCUGACAAGUGUGGAAAUAUAUUCGGGUUAUUAUAUAAUAAAGACGAUCCAAGUAUUGAACCAUGUUUGGAACCAGUUUUCUCAUUUCAUGAAGCCGAAAUUGUUUCACGAUUACGUGUUGGAUAUCUUGGUUACCGAACAGAAACAAUGAAUAAGCACUCAGAAACAUCGUCGGACCACAAUUCUGAAGUCAAAGUGCUUGACGAUUUGGGAUGGGAUAUGAACUAUGAUCUUACACAUCCAGUUGCAACAAUCAUUGGCUGUUCUCUUAUUGGAAGUGUGCUUCUUUUCAUGCGAAUCAGUAUAAAAUCGUACCGACUCUUAUCCGUUUUGCAAUCCAUUCUUGAAAAAUGGCCAUCAACACGUCCAUGUAAUCAUAAUAUAAGAUUUAGAUCGGAUAGUAACCAUACCGGCUCUAUCAAUGUUACUAUUGAUGGUGAUAUGGUGUCUCAAUUUUUACGUUUGUCUCGACAAGAACAGGCUAUCAUGAGGAUUUGGAUGAUCAACCCAUGA